AUGUCGGGUCUCGAUCGCCAAGCUAUGGAGCAGGAGCGAUUGGCAAGACAAGGCAAGCGAAAGCGAGAGCCCUCACCUGUGCCGGCCUCGAACCUUGAACUGUUCAAUCCUUUGGAAGGACAGGAUGAUGCGUGGCAGCUAGGCGAGCCUGUUGAUGACUUUGUCAGGCGACUUCCUCCAUAUACAACCUCCAUCUCUACAUGUCCCUGGAUCUGGGCUGCUAAUCCGUAUCGCAACCCUCGCGACAAGUCACCUUCGCCACGUGUUCAAGACUUUACAUCGCGUGGCACGGAGUUGCUUCAACAGUCGCUCCAGACCCGCCGCGACAUCCAGAAAGAAGGCGCGAAGGGGCCUAGGGGUAUGGUCACUAAACAGCUCCUCCAAGAGAGCAAAGCUCUACAAGAACGGAUCUCAGACCUUGCAAAGGACACGCAUGUUCUGUCCGGAAAGGCAAGUUCCAUUAGCUGCCCGAUUAUUCACUUCUUCCGAUCACUAACUGGUGUGGCCACAGACGACGGCAAGGACGAGCGACUAAUCUGUGUCUACACAAAGGACUUCCUGGACGCUGACGAUGUACUGCGAGUACUCCAUGAGCUUGAGACCAUGGGUCUCAUCAACGUCGGCAGGACCAUUUACUACAAACCAGACGCCUACACUUAUCUGGAUCUCAGACGCGAGACGGCUGCAGAAUAUGGACUCCAAGCCAGUCUUUACAACUCACGAACUCUGUUGGCAGCUAACAAAGUGUCGAAGCCAUCCUCGUUCCCGCAGAAGAAGCAGUUGACACUGAAGAAGUGA